AGGGGGCGGGCCGUAUAGCCGGUCGCUGGAGGGAGGCACCGGUGGCGGAAAAGGUUCGGCUGCUGAUGGCGGCUUAGGCUCGGAAACCUCUCUAAGGCUCCCCCUCUGACCGGGAGCUCCUCACUGGAUUCACAAUGACAUCCUUUCAAGAAGUCCCACAGACUUCCAACUUUGCACAUGUCAUCUUUCAAAAUGUGGCUAAGAGUUAUCUUCCUAAUGUACACCUGGAGUGUCAUUACACCUUAACUCCAUAUAUCCAUCCACAUGCCAAAGAUUGGGUUGGUAUAUUCAAGGUUGGAUGGAGUACUGCUCGUGAUUAUUAUACAUUUUUAUGGUCCCCUAUGCCUGAACAUUAUGUAGAAGGAUCAACAGUCAAUUGUGUAUUAGCAUUUCAAGGAUAUUACCUUCCAAAUGAUGAUGGAGAAUUUUAUCAGUUCUGUUAUGUUACCCAUAAGGGUGAAAUUCGUGGAGCAAGUACACCUUUCCAGUUUCGAGCUGCUUCUCCCGUUGAAGAGCUGCUUACUAUGGAAGAUGAAGGAAAUUCUGACAUGUUGGUGGUGACCACAAAAGCUGGGCUCCUUGAGUUGAAAAUUGAGAAAACCAUGAAAGAGAAAGAAGAAUUGUUAAAGUUAAUUGCUGUUCUGGAAAAAGAAACAACACAACUUCGGGAACAAGUUGAAAGAAUGGAAAGAGAACUUAACCAUGAAAAAGAAAGAUGUGACCAACUGCAAGCAGAACAAAAGGGUCUUAUUGAAGAAUCAGAAACUUUAAAAAUGGAAAGUGAAGACUUUAAGAGGAAAUACAAUUACGCUACAUCCAAAGCUCUCAGACUUGAGGGAGAUAUUGUGUCAGUGACAAAUAAAGCAAUUGAAAAAGAAACUGAAUUGGACAGUUUAAAGGACAAACUCAGGAAGGCGCAAUGUGAAAGAGAACAACUUGAGUAUCAGUUGAAGACAGAAAAGGAUGAGAAGGAACUUUAUAAGGUCCAUUUGAAGAACAGAGAAAUAGAAAACACCAAGCUUAUGUCAGAGGUCCAAACUUUAAAGAAUUUAGAUGGGAACAAAGAAAACAUGAUUACUCAUUUCAAAGAAGAGAUUGGCAGACUGCAAUUCUGCUUGGCUGAGAAGGAUAGUCUACAAAGGGCUUUCUUGCUUACAACCUCAAGUAAGGAAGAUACUUUUUUUUUAAAGGAGCAGCUUCGUAAAGCAGAGGAACAGAUUCAGGCAACUCGGCAAGAAGUUGUCUUUCUGACUAAAGAACUUAGUGACGCUGUAAAUGUGCGAGAUAAAACCAUGGCAGAUCUGCAUACUGCUCGCCUGGAAAAUGAGAAAGUCAAAAAGCAGUUAGCUGAUGCAGUGGCAGAGCUUAAACUGAGUGCUGUGAGAAAAGACCAGGAAAAGACUGAUACACUGGAACAUGAACUGAGAAGAGAAGUUGAAGAUCUGAAACUUCGUCUUCAGAUGGCAGCAGAUCAUUAUAAAGAAAAAUUCAAGGAAUGCCAGAGGCUGCAAAAACAAAUAAAUAAACUUUCAGACCAAUCAGCCAAUAACAAUAACGUCUUCCCAAAGAAAACUGGGAAUCAGCAGAAAGUGAAUGAUGCCUCAAUAAACACAGACCCAGCUACUACUGCCUCUGCUGCAGGUGUAAAGCCACCACUGUCUGCAGCCGAGAAAGAUUUUGACAUUGUAACAAAGGGGCAAGUCUGUGAAAUGACCAAAGAAAUUGCUGACAAAACAGAGAAGUAUAAUAAAUGUAAACAACUCUUACAGGAUGAGAAAACAAAAUGCAAUAAAUAUGCUGAUGAACUUGCAAAAAUGGAGCUGAAAUGGAAAGAACAAGUAAAAAUUGCUGAAAAUGUGAAACUAGAACUAGCUGAAAUAGAGGACAAUUACAGACUUCAGUUGGCAGAGAAAGAGAAAGAAAUAAAUGGUCUGACAUCACAUUUGGAAAACCUCUCCAGGGAGAAGGAACUUCAAAGGAGUCUAGAGAAUCAAGCAGAAGGGAAAAUGGAAGGUCAGAAUUCCCAGAGUCCUCAGAUCUCACAGUGUCUCAACACAUGCUCAGAGCAAAAUGGUCUUUUUCCAGUACCAGAUACACAACUAGUUCUGCAAUUUGGUAAUCCUUAUGCAACACAGGAAACAAGAGAUGGAGCAGAUGGUGCUUUUUACCCAGAUGAAAUCCAAAGGCCACCUGUGAGAGUACCCUCUUGGGGACUGGAAGAUAAUGUUGUCUGCAGCCAGCCUGCUCGAAACCUUAGUCGUCCUGAUGGUUUAGAAGACCCUGAGGAUAGUAAAGAAGAUGAGAAUGUGUCCACUGCUCCAGAUCCUGCAAGUAAGCGUGUACACGGAGCAGGCUUUUGCUUUGAUUCCAGCUUUGAUGUUCACAAGAAGUGCCCCCUCUGUGAAUUAAUGUUCCCUCCCAACUAUGAUCAGAGCAAAUUUGAAGAGCACGUUGAAAGUCACUGGAAGGUGUGCCCUGUGUGCAGCGAGCAGUUCCCGCCUGACUAUGACCAGGAGGGGUUUGAAAGGCAUGUGCACACCCAUUUUGACCAGAAUGUUUUAAAUUUUGAGUAGUUACCUUUUUCUAUGAGUUAAUAACACAGUUGAGGAGUUGAACAAAAUCAUCUCAGACCCCUGAGGAGGCCACAGGUAAUCACUUUCCUGCGCCCGCGACUGCACUUUUCUGACCAAGAGCUACUUUGAGUUGGGUGUUAUUAGGGUCAGGGUCAGCCUUUGGCUUAUCAAUAAAUAUAAUUUUAACCUCUUUCAAUCUUACCUGCUUAAGAAAAGAAGUUCUUGUCUGUAUCUUUAUUUAUUCCCUAGUUUGCAAAAUUGUAUGACUAAAGGAAACAAGGAUUACUUUCAUGUUACUGCACUGCAAACAUGUAUGUAUAAUGUGCUAUUUAGACUAUCCACAAGUUUCUGUUGACCUUGAUUGAGCAUGACUACUAAAUAUUAUGUAAUAAAAAAGUUUAUCAUAAUAGUCUUGCAAAGUAAUUCUUUGAAUACAGAAACUUGCAUAAUUUAGCCCAUGAGAUGAUGGUUUUUAACCCUCUUUAGAAAUGGUGGUGUAUGUAGAAUGAGAUCACAUGCUUUCAGUAGAGCAAAUACCCUUUUCACAUUUGAAAUGUUUGCUUUGGGAAUUAAUGGAAGUCAUAUUUUGCUAAUUCAUUACUAAAAAAUUUUAGAAUAACCUGAAUUACUAUAUUUAAGCCAUCUUAAAGUUGUAUUUUUAAUAGGAAAAUGGAACAAGAUAUGUGAGUACAAUCGUUUCAUAUUAAAUGAUCUAAAUAAUGGUGUUUGUGGCAUAAAAUCACAGAAAAUAUAUCUUUUUCACAUUUUCCUGAUGACAAUAUAACAAAUAAAAUUCUUAGGUGAUUAAAAAUGUAAUACAUAAACCCAAAUCAAAGCAAUGUAUUUUAAGUUAUGUCUCUGCUGUGUAUAGUAUUCUCAUUAACAUUAAAGAGGACAGACAUUUUUGGAGGUAAUGUCAUUGUCAAAUUUAUUUGCAAUAGUUUUUCCUUAACUCCAGCAUCUUCAACGUCUUUUUCCCCCAUUUGUGUCUUUAAGUUUUUGAACUGUAUUGCAUUCCUUUCUGUUUUAUAACAUGAAUGUUAAGAAUUUAAAGUUCUGACUUUUUGGUUCUGCUGCUUUUGUAGUUACGAAAAUAUUUGAUCUUGUCCUAAUAAGCAAACGAGCUAUUUAAGAUGUUAAGCUUAUACUCAGCAUGGCGGCAUUUUGGGUGCUGUAUAUGAACUGCGUUACACAUCAUGUUGCUUGUAUUUUUUUCUGGGCGCACAACUUGUAUGUUGUUGGAAUCCUGUAAAAAGGUUUUUGAGUCAAGGAGAAAACAGUGUCAGGCUGUCGUCAGAUGCCAGAUGUUAGGACGUAGCAUACCUGGGGCAGCAGUAUUGAAGAUGCCAUGUUUUACUUUCCUGCUAAGCAGAAUGUAUUCAAGUAAAACAUGUUGAGUGAUAGGAGCAUUUUUGGUGCAUUAAUGAUUCCAGACCGUGCUCACUUUAAAACCUUCGAAUAGUGUAGUACUGGUGAGAUGAUUGUUCAUCUUACUAGUCUAAAUAGUUUUUGGCCCCACGCUUAUUAUUUUUCUUUAAUCUUAAGUAUUUUGGUGUUUUUCAGUUAUCUUUUUGUAAUGAUUUCAAAAAUAGGUUUAAUCCCACUGUGGUCUGAGAACAUGCUUUGUAUGAUUUAUAUUCUCAGGAAGUAGAUGCUCUGUGUGAGCUCAAACAUUGUGUCUUCUGCUGCUGUUGGAUGCAGGUUAGUUAACUGAUGAUGCCCUUGAGUUCACUAAGUCCGAAGUGAUCCUCUAACUGCUGGAUCUGUCCUGACUGCUAAGGGUGCGGACAGCUCCGAGGAAAGCAGUGGACUUAUUGCUCCUCACAUUUCUAUCACUUUCUGGCCUCCCAUAUUUUGAUGCCCUGUUUGUUGUUAGGCAAAAACUAUUAAGGAUUAAAAAGCAAUGCAUUCUAAUCUAAGCAAAAAAUUAAAUCCAGUUUUCAUGUGUGAGCUGAAUUCUGUAAAACAUGCGGGGGGCAGCCCAAGGUAGCCCAAGGCACUGAGUGGAUAUAUUAGUUUCUGUGGGAAACUUGAUACUGGCUUUUCAUAAUGGAUGCUAAUGACAAUAAAGAGCCGUCUUUAUUUUG